UCCGUCGUCGAUUCCCUUCCGCCCGUCGCAAGAGGGGAAGGCUUUUUCUGGGGCGCUUUCACCUUGUAGGAAGAGCCUCAAGGGGGAGAUGCUCUUUUUUGGCGGGACAUGGCAGGGCUGAUCAAUUUCGAGGAUGAGGAGGAGGUGAAGGGCUACCUGGAGAACUUGGGCGUCGAGUACAGCUUCCAGUGCUACAAGGAGAAGGAUCCUGACGGUUGUCACCGUCUGGCAGAAUACCUAGAGGGAGUGAAGAAAAACUUUGAGGGAGCUGCUAAAGUGCUAAAGCAGAAUUGUGAAACUAAUUCACACAGUGAAAGCUGCUACAAACUUGGAGCUUACUAUGUGACUGGAAAAGGUGGCCUCCCUUUAGACCUGAAAACUGCAUACAAUUGCUUUUUGAAAUCUUGUGAGAAAGGAGGAAAGAGAUCCAGAGAUGCUUGUCACAAUGCUGGAUUGCUGGUACAUGAUGGACGGGUGAAUGAUGAUGAGAAGCCCAAUGAACCUCUUGCCAGGGACUAUUACAGUAAAGCUUGUGAUGCAGGUUUUGCACCCAGCUGUUUUAACCUUAGUACAAUAUAUCUUCAAGGAGUCCCUGGGAUAGCAAAAGACAUGAACCAGGCCCUGAAGUAUUCUCUUAAAGCAUGCGAUUUGGGCCACGUAUGGGCAUGUGCUAAUGCUAGCCGAAUGUAUAAACUGGGAGAUGGAGUUGAGAAGAAUGAUGCCAAGGCAGAAACCCUAAAGAAUAGAGCAAAAGACUUGCACAGAGAACAACAGAUACCUGGAAGAUCUUUAACAUUUGGAGAGUAAGCCAAGUCCAGCGAUCUACAACAUUCACAAGAAGUAGAUGUUAUUAAGUGGUGCAAAAAAAAAAUUGGUCUACAGAUCCGCUUCAUUGUACACACUGAAGAUGUAUUUGUGAGAACAAGUUUUUUAAUAGCCUGUACAAAUGAUUUUGUAACAAGAUAAAAGCCAUAUACAUUUUGGGGUGUUGAUUUUGGGGGAGCAAAUUUAAUUAAUCUAAAAUAUGAAGUGUAAAAGUCAUAUUUCAAGCCAGACCAAAAAUGAUUGUUCACAUUAGAAUGUGUUUUUUUCAAUGUGUUGAACAACCAAAUCCAGAAAAUGUAUGCAAAGCAAUGAAACCUAUUUUCUCAGUAGAGCAAUUCCCUUUUGCAGCACAGCCCUCUAUUUACUUCCAGCAAGCAGAGAAGUAGGGAGGGGAAGGAGGCAAGGAGAAAGAAAAUGCUGCUGUCGUAUAGACUUCUAACCGCAGAGGUGGGACUCAUGCUGCCUUCUAGCUUUGUCAUCAUUGCCUACUAGGUAGAACUGCUGAGAGUUAGUUCAACAACACCUAGGAGGUCAGAUGUUUUCAAACCCCUCUUAACAGGGAUGUUGAAAUCAAUGGAACUUAACUUUUGAAUAGGCUUGCACAGAAUCAUGCAUAUAAGAUCCUGCUGUAUGCAAAUACUUGUAAUUGCUGUACAGUAUCGUUACAUGCAAUGAAUUAAAAUGAUUUUCUGAUUAUACAAA